GCGUCUCUGUCGUCAUCGGCAAGCGACGAGCGAUUCAACUCGGAUAUGACAAACAUGACAUUUCAGCCUCAGUAGAGAUAUUGCGUGUGUUAAAAAAAAGACAGUUAGACCGGUAACGUUUCAAUAAUGGCCUCUCGAUUAUGCUACUUUUUAUUCAGACCGAGAAUACCCAAAUCACGUGGUGCGGGAAGUCUGUCGGUAACGUUACAUACAUGUACAUCAUGUACAGCUAGAGGCAAGCAUCAGGAGGCACAAAAAAGGGAUCUGGGAUCUGUUGAAUCACGAAACGGAAGCAGAUUGAGUUUCUGCAGGAGCUUCACAACUUCUGUAUGCAGGACUGAAGCCAUUGGACAACUACAGUCAACACACUAUCACCUGGUUUACACCUGCAAAGUGUGCUCUACUCGCUCUAUGAAGAAAAUAUCCAAGAUAGCCUAUCACAAGGGUGUUGUUAUUGUAACUUGCCCUGGAUGUAAAAACCACCACGUGAUCGCUGAUAAUCUUAAGUGGUUCUCGGACCUGGAGGGGAAAAGAAACAUAGAGGAAAUCUUGGCUGCUAAGGGUGAAGCAGUCCGAAGAGUUCAAGGGGAUGAGGCCCUGGAAAUUGUUGCUGAGGAAUCAAUAAAGGAGGCUUCAAGAAAUAAUCCAGAUGAACAGAAACCACCACAUCUCAGCGAUGGUUCAGACAAAACAUGAUUGACCUUUGUCAGUUGCAUCACUGGACAUUUAUUAUUCUUUAUAUAUUUUAAAUAUUCUUCUAAAUAAAGCAUUAAAAGAAGUUGUUGUUUUUUAA